AUGGUUCUGGUUCUGGUCAUCCUCAUCCCGGUUCUUGUCAGCUCAGCAGGGACAGCGGCGCACUACGAGAUGCUUGGCACCUGUAGGAUGGUGUGCGACCCGUACGGCACCAAGUCUCCGACCAGCACCGUGACGACGGACGCCGUCAGAGACAACAGCCUCGUGCAGUCUUUGCCCACCUUCAUCCAAGGUCCGAAAGGAGAACCGGGUCGUCCGGGUAAGGCCGGUCCACGGGGGCCUCCGGGUGAGCCUGGGUCGCCCGGUCCAGCGGGACCACCUGGAGAUAAAGGUGAACCGGGCAGACCCGGUUUGCCAGGACCUCCGGGACCCAGCGCCGCGGCCGGUGCCAUCAGCGCAGCCACCUACAGCACCGUGCCCAAGAUCGCCUUUUACGCGGGGCUGAAGAAGCAGCACGAGGGCUACGAAGUGCUCAAGUUCGACGACGUGGUGACCAACUUGGGAAACCACUACGAUCCCACCACGGGGAAGUUUACGUGCUCCAUCCCCGGGAUUUAUUUCUUCACCUACCAUGUACUGAUGCGCGGAGGGGACGGCACCAGCAUGUGGGCCGACCUGUGCAAAAACAACCAGGUGCGAGCUAGCGCCAUAGCCCAGGAUGCAGACCAGAACUAUGACUAUGCCAGUAACAGCGCUGUCCUGCACCUGGAGCCAGGAGACGAGGUCUACAUUAAACUAGACGGAGGCAAAGCUCACGGAGGCAACAACAACAAGUACAGCACCUUCUCUGGGUUCAUCAUCUACGCCGACUAG